AUGCUUCGCUCGGUUUUGGACGUGUUUUGGGACGAGGAUGUGUGGUUGCCGCCGAACACUUCAUGGACAGAUGUGGCCCCAGGGCCGAACAAGAAAGUUACAUACACUGACCAUUGGGAUGUAUUGCUAACAAUUCCAAUGGCAUUCAUGCUUAUGGCGCUGCGUUUCGUGUUACAUAAUUAUGUAUUUGUACCAUUUGGCAAGUCAAUAGGCAUUAAAUACACUAGAAAUAAGAAGGCAUUCCCAAACUACAAGCUGGAAGCCGCUUACACGGCCGAUCCCGCCAUAACCCAUAAUAUUUAUUUAUUGUGUGUACUAUUUCAGAUAUCCGCAUUAUCAAAACAGCUGGACAUGUCCGAGCGGCAGAUCCAGCGCUGGUGGCGCCACCGCCGUCUCCAGGACAAGCCGUCAGUGCUGGUCAAGUUCUGUGAGAGCGCCUGGCGGAGUACCUACCUUCUGUAUAGUCUCAUGUUCGGAUUGUACGUCUUGUGGGAUAAGGAGUGGCUGUGGGAUAUUGACUACUGUUUCAUCGGGUAUCCACAUCAGGGCAUAUCCAACGACCUGUGGUGGUACUACAUGACUGCAUUCGCGUUCAACUGGUCCCAAGCGUUCACACUACAGUUCGACGUCCGACGGAAGGAUCACCGCCAGAUGACCGUGCACCACGUGACGUCACUCUUACUGCUGUACUUGAGCUGGGUGUGUAACGCACACAGGACGGGAUCCUUAGUGUUACUUAUUGGUGAUUGCUCGGAAUUGUUACUCGAGGCGACAAAGACGGUGAGGUAUGCCAACUACGAGAGAACGAGUAUCUGCAUGUUUGUCGUCUUUGGCUUGCUCUGGGUCGCGACUAGGCUUACGUUCUAUCCCUACAUUUUAUGGAGCAUACCAAACCGCGCAGCGUUAUACGUACGCAGGUUCCCCAUGGUGUACGUUUUCCUAUUCCUGCUCUGCGUACUUAUGGCUUUGAACGUGUAUUGGACGUGGUUAAUCCUACAAGUCGCAUACAAGGCAGCCGUGCAUGGAGAGACAAAGAAAGACAUCCGCAGUUCAAGUUCUGAAAUCAGCGACAACUCCGACCAAGGCACAACCAACUGA